GUUGCGUGAGGUUUUUGGACUCCCAUAGAUUUUGUGGACAUUUUUCUGUGAAUUUGGAUUCUUUUUUACCUCCAAAAGAAAAGCAACAAACCGUUGGGUUCUUAUUUCUCACUUCAAGAUUCUCCACAUCAAUGGCAGAAGUAACCAAAAGAGUUGCAGUAGUUACUGGCGCAAACAAGGGAAUUGGAUUGGAAAUAUGUAAACAGCUGGCUUCAAAAGGAAUCAUGGUGGCGUUGACUGCUAGAGAUGAGAAGAGGGGUCUUGAAGCUGUUGAAAAGCUGAAAGAGUUUGGACUGUCUGAUAAUGUAGUUUUUCAUCAACUUGAUGUUGCAGACCCUGAUAGUGUUGCUUCCUUGGUGGAAUUCAUCAAAACCCAAUUUGGGAAGCUUGAUAUCUUGGUGAAUAAUGCAGGAAUUGUCGGUAUUGAAGCCGACGUUGAUGCCCUUAAAGCUGCAGGUUUUCCCGAGCCUGAGACGCAAAUGAACUGGACUAGGCUAUUGAUUCAAACACCCGAGUUAUCUGAGGAAUGCCUUAAAACAAACUACUAUGGUGCCAAAAGAAUGACUGAGUCGAUUAUUCCCUUUCUCCAGCUAUCUGAAUCACCGAGAAUUGUCAAUGUUUCCUCCUCCAUGGGGCAGUUAAAGCGUGUAUCAAAUGAAUGGGCAAAAGCAGUCCUGAGUGAUGCUGAAAAACUCACAGAACAGAAAGUGGAUGAGGUAUUGAGUGAGUAUAAGAAAGAUUUCGAGGAGGGUUCAUUGGAAUCCAAGGGCUGGCCUGCUUUUAUGUCAACCUAUACACUCUCUAAAGCAGCCAUGAAUGCCUACACAAGGAUCCUGGCCAAGAAGUAUCCCAAUUUCUGCAUCAACUGUGUCUGCCCUGGCUUUGUCAAAACAGACAUAAACUUCAAUAGUGGGAUCUUAACCAUUGAAGAAGGCGCCGAGGGUCCUGUGAGAUUAGCUUUGUUGCCUAAUGAUGGUCCUUCUGGUCUCUUCUUUUUUCGGAUGGAAGAGUCCGAAUUUUGAUCGAAGCUGCUUCAUUUUUAACAGGUUUUAUCGUCUGAUGUGUGGUUUAUGCAUAGGUUUCAGAGUCUGAAUCUAGCAAAAGCAUUUUGUGAGAACAAUGCAUGGUGUUCUUGCAGUCUGCUAGUAGAAACUUUUCUGCUCUGUGUGAUUGUAAUGAUGCUCUAAUAUUAGGCCUCCUUUGUAUAAAGAAAAAGCUCAAUGUAUGGUGUUGUUAGGACUCCAUUGACAUUUAUUAGCAGUUUCCUCUUACAUUUUAGUGCUUGUGAUCUCUAAUCAAACGAUGAUUAUGAGAAUUUCUUUGAUCUUUGUACUAUUCUAUCUCAAAAUCAAAUGAACCGGGAUGGCUUGAGUGUCUAAC